CUCCCACUUUUUCCCUGCCCCAAAGGAUCAAUAAUAUUUUGCAUCCUCCACAAAAAAGAAUGGCAGGCGUCGUCUCCGCCGCCAACCUGGGGGGUGUCGCGGACCCGCGCCUGGGCAACGAAGCCGACCUCAUCGGCACCGAGGCCGAGCACGGCAUCAUCAUCGACGACCACAGCCACCAUGGCCACCCCGGCAGCAAGGAACGGUCGCUCCACGCCAUCCCCGCCCCCGUCAUGCACGGCUCCGGCAACAUCUACCUCGACUCCAGCAUCUCCUUCGAGAAUUACCUGUUCUGGGCCAAGCGCUCCCGCGAGUUCGAGAAGCACAUCCGCACCGACAACCAGGGCUUUCAGCAGCUGUGGAAUGUGAUGCUGGGGCGCGCGUCCAAGGAGACGGCCUCGCCGGCCCCGCGGAUUGUGGAUUCGACGACCGAGAAGCAGAAGGGUCCCGUCGAGGGUGGGGUCGCUGUUGGGGAUGAGAAGGCUGCGAUGUCGGAGAAGGCGGAUUCCGGGGACGGGGUUGGUAGUGGUGGUGAACGCGAGGGGAACGGGGAUCAGUACGGCAUUACUGAGACGGAGUGGGAGCUGGCGCAGCGGGCCGCGAGAACGGCGACUUGGGGCUCGAUCUUCUAUCUGAUUACCACCGAUAUCCUGGGUCCGACGAACGUGCCUUGGGCGAUUAGUGAAAUGGGCUAUGGGCCUGGUUUUGCGCUGUAUACGGUCUUCGGUAUCAUGGCAUACUAUUCCGGAAUGCAGCUGUGGAAGAUCUUCAACGGUCUCGACUCAACCCGCUAUCCCAUGCGCAACUACGGCGAUGUUGCGUUCCGGAUCUUCGGCCCCGUUGCUCGCAUUGGCGUCAACAUUCUUCAGAGCUUCCAGUUCUUCCUGAACGUGACCUUGCUCAUUGUAAGCAACGGCCAGGGGUUGGGUCAAAUGGCUGCCGGAGUACAUGGCACGGGAAAACUAUGCUUCAUCGUGUGUGAGGUCAUCUUCAUGCUCCUCGGCUUCGUCCUAGGACAGAUUCGGACCUUGCAGCGCCUGUCGUGGCUAUCGAACCUGGCCAUCUGGAUGAACUUUACUGUGAUUCUCAUCACUAUGGGCGUGGUCUACGUAUACCCCCCCACCGACAGUGUCGCCAGCUCUACCAACCUCAAUCCCGAUCCCAUUCGGACCAGCGCCAACUGGCCGGCGGACGGGACUCUAUACACUCGGAUGACGGCGGUGAUGAACUGUGUCUUCGCCUACGGUGGCGCCACCCUCUUCAACGAGCUGAUGGCUGAGAUGCGGCGCCCGUUCGAUUUCUGGAAGGGCUUCAUCUGCGCCGAGGUCUUCAUCUAUGUGUGCUACCUCGUCGAAGGAAUGGUCGUGUACAACGCGCAGGGACAGUAUACCUUCAACCCGGCGUACCAGGGAAUCCCCGACUCCGCUUACAGCUACCAAACCGGCUGUAACGCCCUCUCGCUCAUCUCGGGCGUUAUCGCAGCUCUGCUGUACGGCAACAUCGGCAUCAAAGUCUUCUACGCCUCGGUCCUGCGCGACGUCUUCCACUUCCCGCCGCUGGAUCACCGCACCGGCAAACUGAUCUGGAUUGCUCUUGUCCCGAUCUACUGGUGCCUCGCCUGGAUCGUCGCCGCCGCCAUCCCGCAGAUCAGCAACCUCACCUCCUUCGUCGGUGCUCUCUGCAUCCUCCAGUUCUCCUACACCUUCCCGCCGAUGCUUCUCGUCGGGUUCAACGUGCAGAAGGACGCCAUCCUGCCCGAGGAGACCUUCGACCCCCACACGGGCGAGACCCGGCGCGUGGAUUCCGGCUGGAAGCGCUGGGUCCGCGGGUACCGUCAGCAGUUCGCCCGGAAUACCUUCGAUGUGCUGUACUCGUUGGCCGCGUUGGGCACGGCCGGGCUGGGGCUCUGGGCGUCGAUCGUGGCGAUGGAGGCGGAUUUCAAGAGCUCGGCGUUGACGCCGUUCACGUGCACGAACCCGGCGGGUUAGGGAUGUUCUGUUUUGGACUCGUUCCUUGAAGAAAGGCAUGGAGACGAGUGGGAUGUAUGGGCUGUAUGUUAUGCUAGAUGCGGAAUUGGCUCUGACUUAAUGUGUAUGGCUUCUUGGUUUAUGAGCUUUUUGACUUUAGUCGAUAUCAUGGGUGCUUUGUAUAUAUAAAUUAAACGGUUGAUGCUUAUCGGGACCUGGUCACCACAAAAUGCUUGGUCUUGAAACUAUGAGUUAACCAGUUACCUGCCGACCGUUUGUCCAUUAU